AUGGCCAUCCAUUUCACUACUGUGAACUGCAAGGCUGAUCGUGCUACGGCCGGAGCUGCGUACAUUACCUGCUCUGCUCUUAUGCACCACGAGAGGGUCGCCAGCUUGCUGUUCUCGUCGUUUUUGUUAGCCGAUCAGAACAAGCACGCGCGCGUUCGCGCACACGCGCCAACAGACUCGUGCGCGCAGACUCGUGCGCGCAGACUCGUGCGCGCAGACUCGUGCGCGCAGACUCGUGCGCGCAGACUCGUGCGCGCACACUCGUGCGCGCACACUCGUGCGCGCACACUCGUGCGCGCACACUCGUGCGCGCACACUCGUGCGCGCACACUCGUGCGCGCACACUCGUGCGCGCACACUCGUGCGCGCACACUCGUGCGCGCACACUCGUGCGCGCACACUUGCGCGCACACUUACGCGCACACUCCUGCGCACACGCGCCCGCACGCUCGCGUGCGCGAGCGCUCGCGCACAGACACACGCGCCAACACACUCGUGCGCGCACACUCGCGGGGCGCGAUGCGACGCCGGCCGCCGUGGCCGCCGCUGCUGCUGUGGCUGGGGGUGGCGUCGGCGCCGCUGUGUCUGGUGACGCUGGCGCUGCGGCUCGACGCCCGCCUCGACGCUGUGCGACGCCUCCUCACCGACUCGCCGCUCGUCGACGGGCACAACGACCUGCCGUGGAACAUCCGCAAGUUCCUGAAGAACCAGCUGCGGGACUUCCCCUUCCAGGAGGAUCUGCGCCGGGUGUCGCCCUGGUCUCGCAGCUCCUGGUCCCACACGGACUUGCCGCGCCUCAAGGAGGGCAUGGUCGCUGCGCAGUUCUGGUCGGCGUACGUGCCGUGUUCGGCGCAGCACCUGGACGCGGUGACGCUGGUGCUGGAGCAGGUGGACGUCAUCCGGCGGCUGGUGGAGCGCUACCCGCGGGACCUGGCGCUCGUCACCGACGCCAGGGGUAUAGAAGACGCGCACGCGGCGGGAAUGUUGGCUAGCCUGGUGGGCGUGGAGGGCGGCCACGCGCUGGGGGAGAGCCUGGGUGUGCUGCGCGCCCUCUACACGCUCGGCGCACGUUACCUCACGCUCACGCACGCCUGCAACACGCCUUGGGCAGACUGCUCCAUAGUGGAUGAGCCUGGAAGAAUACCCAUCCUGGGAGGACUGUCUAGUUUCGGACGGCUGGUGGUGCGCGAGAUGAACCGCCUGGGCAUGAUGGUGGACCUGUCGCACGUGUCGGUGCCAACGAUGCUGGACGCCCUGCGCACCAGCCGCGCGCCGGUCAUCUUCUCGCACUCCGCGGCGCAUGCGCUCUGCAACAGCUCCCGCAACGUUCCGGACCACGUGCUUCGCCUGGUCAAAGCGAACGGAGGAAUCGUGAUGGUGGCGUUCUACCCGCACUUCGUCAGCUGCAGCGAGUCCGCAUCGCUGGUGGAUGUCGCAGCUCACAUACAACACAUCCGCUCGGUGGCGGGCGUAGAUCAUGUCGGCCUCGGAGCUGGAUAUGAUGGAAUCAACAUCACGCCGCUGGGCCUGGAGGACGUGUCGCGGUACCCUCACCUGCUGGCGGAGCUGAUGGCCCGUGGCGGCUGGACGGAGGAGGACCUGCGGAAGCUCGCCGGCCUCAACCUGGUCCGCGUGCUGCGCGAGGUCGAGAGGGUGCGGGACGAGCUGGCCGUCGCCGGUGAGCAGCCGGUGGAGGAGCGCAUCCCGGCCGAGGACGUGCUGGGCCGCACCUACUGCCGCAUGCCGGCCGCCUCUGCCAUGACAGACGAAAUAACAGGAAUUUACAAGCAACACUCACUGAGUACUUGA